AUGAUCUCCCUCCGACUCGCUCGACCAGCUUCUUCCAUCCUCAGGACCGCCCUUGCUCCUCAAGCUAGAGCCAAGGCAAUGAGUUUCUCAGCCGUCAGGUUUAUCUCUACUCGAUACACCACAGAUCACGAAUGGGUAUCUUUCGACUCAAACUCUAAUAUCGGUACAGUCGGUAUUACAGAUUACGCUCAGAAGGCUUUAGGAGAUGUUGUCUUUGUUGAGUUGCCUGGACAAGGUGCAGAGGUCGCUCAGGGUGAUUCUAUCGGUGCCGUUGAAUCUGUCAAAGCAGCUUCAGAUAUCUACGCACCCGUAUCAGGUGUGAUUGAAGAGAUCAAUGAGACUUUGGCGGAUCAACCUGGUUUAUUGAACAAGGCUCCAGAAGGUAAUGGAUGGCUCGCCAAGAUCAAACUCUCCGAUCCAUCCGAAUUCGAAGCUCUCUUGAAUGCUGAAGCUUACAAGGCCCACUGCGAAGGCCAAUAA